CGGCACGGUACGGUUAUCUCUUGCUGUGUUUUUAGAAAUAGUCCGUAGGUAAACGCGCGUCUCUUUGUUUUUAAGUGUGUGUAUGGAGAUUUAUUGUUGAAUUAGUCGGUGUGAUAGUGUUCUUGAUGGUUUCGGGUGACGAUUCCAAUGGUCGUUUAUCUCGUAAAACUACGAGGUCUCCGAAUCGAAGGUGUAAAAAGACAGAUGCAGACCUAGCGAAGGGGUCAGCGUUGCGAAAUGAUUCGCAACCUUCGGUCCAUAAGCGGAAUCUUUACGUUGUUUCGUACCCUAUCAUUAUUUUGUUUAAUAUACUGAGGUCUAUUUUGUACCAGUUAUUUAUAAUUUUUAAGUAUUUGUAUUCGGCGUCUAAUCGGUUGAUGCACAAGCCUCGUAAGAACGGCGAGUGUAACUUGGAAGUGGUGGUGAAGGACGGAGUGGUGUCGACGGAGAUAGCGCACGGGGAGGAGAUGUCUCACAUACACAGCGUUGGUCCAGGAGACCCCCUUCUGGCUAAACAGAAGCAUCACCAUCGCAAGGCUUUUGAGUACAUUUCAAAAGCGUUGAAGAUUGAUGAGGAGAAUGAGGGUCAGAAAGAGUUAGCGAUAGAGUUGUACAAGAAAGGUAUAUAUGAGUUGGAGCGUGGCAUCGCAGUAGACUGCUGGGGCGGUCGCGGGGACGCCUGGCAGCGAGCGCAACGGCUCCACGACAAGAUGAAGACCAACCUUGGCAUGGCAAAAGACCGACUACACUUCCUUGCGAACCUAGUCGCCCUCAGUAAGUUGGGCGUUGAGAGUGAGCCCGAGAGAAGCGGCAAAAAGCCCACGGAGUCACCUCUAAAGGUCCGCAGGCCACUCGAGAAGUCCAAGACAACGUUACUGGCACAUACCGAAAGUAACAGUGGUCAAACGAAGUCGACGACUGAAGUGGCAGGCCGCAAGUUGACCACGGCUGGGCGGCGCGCUCCCAGCGUGGGCGGGCCCUUGAUGAAGUCUCAGACGCUGCCCAGGUCUAUGGGCAGGUCUUCAUCCCAGCCUAACAGCUCUAAUGGGAGUUAUAGCAGAUACCCUGUGAAGCCGGCGUCGACACCGCCGGCUGUGAAACGCCAGCUUUCGAGCGCGUAUCAGGUGCCUGCCAACGGGUCCCCGAUCCGGCGGGCCGUGGGCGGUGGGUCCCAGCGAGGGACCCCCACCAGGAGCCGGACCCCGCAGCCGGCGCUGUCGGUGCGAGGAGUGGACCCCAAGCUGGUCCAGCUGAUACUGGACGAGAUUGUGGAAGGGGGGCCUAAGGUGCACUGGGACGACAUCGCUGGACAAGAGACGGCAAAACAAGCGCUCCAAGAGAUGGUAGUCCUGCCGUCUCUGAGGCCAGAACUCUUCACGGGCUUGAGAUCUCCAGCCAAAGGACUACUACUGUUCGGCCCUCCAGGAAAUGGUAAAACUCUGCUAGCCCGUUGCGUCGCUGCGGAAUGCUCAGCCACCUUCUUUUCGAUAUCAGCAGCGACACUCACGAGUAAAUACGUCGGCGACGGUGAAAAAAUGGUGCGGGCACUAUUUCAAGUCGCCAGGGAGUUACAGCCGUCAAUAAUCUUCGUGGACGAAGUCGACUCGUUACUAUGCGAGCGCUCGAGCGGCGAGCACGAGGCGUCGCGGCGGCUGAAGACGGAGUUCCUGGUGGAGUUCGACGGGCUGCCCGCCGCCGGCGCCGACCGCCUCAUCGUCAUGGCCGCCACCAACCGCCCGCAGGAGCUGGACGAGGCCGCGCUACGGCGUUUUCCCAAGCGAGUGUAUGUGUCGCUACCAGACCUGCGCACGCGCGACUCGCUGUUACGAAGAGUGUUAGCACGGGGAGCGGCCGCGUCUUCAUUGAGUGAUGACGAGCUAGCACGGCUGGCAGCGCUGACUGACGGAUACUCGGGAAGCGACCUCACUGCGCUGUGCCGAGACGCUGCCCUAGGACCUAUCAGAGAACUCGACCCAGAGGAAGUGAAAUGCCUGGACCUCUCGCUGGUCCGAAGCAUCACGUUCCAAGACUUCAUGGAUGCCCUGAAGAGGAUCAGGCCCUCAGUCUCGCCUCUCAGCCUCGUGGCCUACGAGAAGUGGUCCGUUCAGUACGGGGACUUGGGCCUAUGAGUGAGGGCGUAUGCUAAUACAGGUAUUGACUACGGAAGAAGGAAGGUAAGUCAUUAAUUUUAAAAAUGUUAUUUUCUAAGGGACGUUGAAUUAUUUAUGUUUGUCUUAAAAGCAAUGUGACGCUCAAAUUUUUAACGAAUCUCCCUCCAUUCACUUUUCCGUUGUAAUAAAGACGAUUUUUCCAUAUCAUUUAGUUGUGACAUUAUUAGUUAUGUGAAAUUUAAUUUUAUUGUGUUGUAAUAAAGUGCGUUUUUGAAUGACGUCUAGUCAAAAUACCAGUGUUCGGCAGUGGGUAAUAGAAUAAUGUGUGGUCAGCGAUUAUGUACAGUACAGUCGCUUCCAUAAAGUACGGGAUUCGUAAUGAAACGAAGGACUUCAUAUAAUGUAAUGUGUUUGUUGUAGUUAAUAAAAUUAGUAAGUGAUAUAAGAGAGCAAUGUGAAUUUUAUAAUUCUUCGAUUUUUCUGAAAUGUACAGUCACGUUCAAAGUGAUUAAUAUUUUGUAUAAUGCCUGGUCGAAAUGAAUAACUUUUUACAUAUUUAACGGUGACUUCGAAUAAUAAUGUGCCCAAAUAUAAAUAUCAAUCUUUAAUGUUAAGGAAACGGGUAUUUUAAAGAUGCAAGUCGGCUGAAUUAAAAAGUCGCUUUCGAUGUUAAUAGAUGUCAAAUGAACGCUUUCUGUCAAAUACUUUUUUAUUCAGUCGGGUUGCAUCGGCCCUUUUUAAAGCCCGUCCAAAGUCAAAAGGAUGUUAAACGCGUUUAUUUUAUCAUUUUUGCUGUAAGUGUACACAAAUUAAAAGUAAAGCAAAGGCAUGAUGGUAAAAAAAUACUUGGUAAUUUUUACAGCGCCAUCUCGUCGUCGCACCUAGCGAAGUUUUACCAUUGAUUUGUAUAAUUAUGAUUAUUUUUCUUAUUAUAACAUUUUAAUGCUGAAACAUUAUUUAAGAGUACUAAUAAAAUAAUAUUCUAUAGUUUGUUUGCAAUUGUGGCAAAAAUGAACAAAAAUAAACUUUUGUCGAAAUGUUGGCCUCUAUGUCAAAAUUGUAUUAAUUUGGUCGUAUCCUUUUGGCUUGUUCGGAUACUUUGCUCUUAAUGUUUCAACACCCGAAUACGAAAACUCGAACAAAAAUUUUCGCUUAAAACUUUUCUUGCCGUCUGUAUUUUAUUAAUGAAAUAUUUUUUAUCAAGGUUUUAUUUACAACUCUGAAUUAUUUAAACACACUUUUUUUUAAAUAUAAUAUUUUCAAUGCAGGUGAACAAAUAAUGAAAUUGUUGUACAAAAAUAGUGUUAAAUGUUUUAUAUUUGUAGUACCUCGUCGUUUGUAAAUUCCAAUGAUUUAGUAUGUUGCAAAUAAAAAUUGUAUUAAUGUUGACAACCCUAGUUAAACUAAGUAGUCUUUUAUGAAUACCAUUUAAAUAACCAAUUAUUUCCACGUAU